AUGCGCUCUGGCGUACUUCGGCUUUUGCUUUCGACAUGGGCUUGUGCUUUGGUGGCUGCUGCAGAUCCGGUUGGGCCGAUCACGACGCAUUUUGAGGAGUGGUUGAAGUCAAAUGGCUACGGUGAAUUCGAUUACGCUCGCCGUGACCUUGGCGAAGUCGGCAGCUACGGCGGCAAACAGGACGAUCAUCAGGAGGUCCAACAAACCCCAAUCGUGUUCAUCCACGGCAACACCGACGGUGCUUUGAAAGAACCCGGACCCUACAGCUCUGGCUCAUCAGCACAGAUUGCCUAUUUCGAAUCCAAAGGGUACACCCAAGCCGAACUGUACGUGACCACGUGGGGCAAUCGACGGCUCGACGAGGCCGCUUAUCAGGCCCACAAUUGCUCAACGCUUGUAAGGCUGCGCAGAUUUGUGGAAGCUGUAUUAAAAUAUACAGGGAAAAAAGCCAUCCACCUCUCCGGGCACUCAAUGGGCGUGACGUUGGCCAGGAAAGUGGCCAAGGGCGGGAAAGUGACGGAGAAAUUUAACGGGAACACCUGCGAUCUCGGACCCCCGCUCACCGAGCAAAUCGACGUCUUUUUGGGGCUCUGCGGCGCGAACUACGGCAUGUGCGCCUGCCUCGCCUCGACGUAUACUUGUAAUGAAAUUAACGGCUUCUGGCCUGGGGACAGUUGCGGCUCGAACGACAGCAAAAUGUGUGGCGUCAAGCCUCUACCCGAAAAAUGCGAUCAGCAGAACUAUUCCAGCCUGCUUUAUCAGAUGAAUAACGACGGUAUUCGAGAAGGACAAAAUGUUUAUGCGUUGUGGACAACUGUUGAUGACGUCGUGAUUCCGGACGACAAGGUUUGGGGCAAGUACUCCUCCCGUUUUCCAACGACGGACUGGGAAAAAGCGUUUACCAAUUACACCCAUAUGCAAGUCAAAGAAUUGACCGUCGACCUCCAGUACGGCCUAUUCACGCAUAAUCGGGCUAGCAGGCCU